AUGAAGACACUCAUCUUACUGCUCAAAUUCCUCACCUAUGUGGUCCCCAUCCUAUCGCAAACCAUCCCCGAAGAUGACUCUUCUCCAAUUUUACCCGCCACGGCUGAGAACCACAAGCACCCCCACUGCGACUGCUACCUAGUCUCCGGCCAGGAUCAAGGAUACUUCCAGCAUUACCAACUCUGGGAUUUCCGACAUGCUCCCAUCCCUCGCGAUAUCACGCCAACCAAACCAGAAUCACCCGCAAAUAUCGCCAUCCCUGAUGAUAGCAUCGAUGGCGAUGUGAAAGAUGAGACGGUGAUGGCGACUGACAGCAUAUUCGGAGCCAACGCGGUGCCACUGUCGAGAUCCCAUUUUGCAGCGGAUUGGAAGACGCAGAACUGGAAUCGUCGAUCUACCUCUCAGAAGCCCGUGCCAAUCCUCAACUCCGUUAACAACAUCUUCUUCGCCCAAGAUCCGCUUCACAAGGGCAAUGAUACCAAUUCGACCACUGAGUUUGGAAAUACCUAUCUCGUGCUCCGCACCACGCGUCUUGACAAGUACAACUCAGCCGCUGAGCUCGAGAACCGUCUUACGAAUGUAUUCCGCUGCUCGCUCCGUAUCCGUCUCCGCAUGCUACCUUACGGCCGUCUUGCCAACGACGAACUGGGAUGGAAUCAUGCGAAUCACAAUACCACCAAUCCCAUGGCCCCAGGUGAACCGCCAAAGGGUGCCUGCGCCGGUAUCUUCACCAUCAACCCCUCAGGCGGGGAGUCGGAUAUCGAGAUCUUAACCAAGGACCCAUCCAAUAUCAUCCACUACGCCAACCAACCAGACUACGACUGGGAAACGGAUGAGACUAUCCCCGGCGCCAGUACUAUCGCUGCUGUCCAGACGCCGUGGACUGAGUGGGCCACGCAUAGGCUGGAUUGGUUCUCUAACCUCUCCGUCUGGUACGUUGAUGAUCGCAUGCACAGCUCCAAGACGUAUAAGGUCCCCGAUUUGCCGAGUACGCUGGUUAUCAACCUCUGGAGUGAUGGCGGGGAUUGGACUGGUGAUAUGAAGGUUGGUGAGAGCGUGUUUAUGGGCAUCGAAUGGAUCCAGUUGGCCUAUAACGUGUCAGGUCGGUCCAGAGAUGCGUCAAACGGCGAUCCAGGGAAAGCAAACAUCUCUGGCGAGGAGAGGAAGAAAAAGAAGCAAGAAGAGGACGAUGACGAGAAAUGUCGCAGACCAUGCUGGUUGGACAACGUUUGGUAG